AUGGAUAUUGGAACACUCAGUGAACAAUUGCGAGCGGCUAAACGCGAGUGUGCCACGUGGAAAGCCCGCGCCGAGGCGGCAGAGAAGCGUGUGUCGGCUCUCGAACGCUUCACUCGCAAACUUCGGGGGAUCAAGGGGGGAGACGCGCAAAACGAUGCCAGUAGGGCCUCACAGAGUGAGCGAAGCAGCAUUGGAACGAUGGGCACAGAGGACGGAGAGGUCGUUACGGAGAGGAUAAAAAGGGCGAUGAAGGGGUUGGACGGGCCCAGGAGCAGCGAUGGCGGGGCUGCAGCAUGGUGGGACGACGGCCGGGCCGGCGCCGUCUGGGGCGGCCAGUCGAUUGCACAUGAUGCGCAGUCGCCGCUGGUGUUGACGGAGACAGCUCUACUCGAAGUUUGGGAGGCCGCACAGGAGUUAUUGGCGGAUGACGAAAUUUGA